CGCAGCAGCAGCGGCCCUUUAAACCCCCACCCAGCCAGCGCCCCAUCCUGUCUGUCCAAGUUCAGACACGGAGAGCUCAUUCCCGCCUGCGAGUCCCAAGGAACCCCUCUCUCCCUCAACAUGGCCAACAAGGGUCCUUCCUAUGGCAUGAGCCGCGAAGUGCAAUCCAAAAUUGAGAAGAAGUAUGACGAAGAGCUGGAGGAGCGGCUGGUGGAGUGGAUCGUAGUGCAGUGUGGCCCAGAUGUGGGGCGUCCGGACCGCGGGCGCCUGGGCUUCCAGGUCUGGCUGAAGAAUGGCGUGAUUCUGAGCAAGCUGGUGAACAGCCUGUAUCCCGACGGCUCCAAGCCGGUGAAGGUGCCCGAGAACCCUCCAUCCAUGGUCUUCAAGCAGAUGGAGCAGGUGGCUCAGUUCCUGAAGGCGGCUGAGGACUAUGGGGUCACCAAGACUGACAUGUUCCAGACCGUUGACCUCUUCGAAGGCAAAGACUUGGCAGCCGUGCAGAGAACCCUGAUGGCUCUGGGCAGCUUGGCAGUGACCAAGAACGACGGGCACUACCGUGGAGAUCCCAACUGGUUUAUGAAGAAAGCCCAGGAGCACAAGAGGGAGUUCACAGAGAGCCAGCUGCAGGAGGGGAAACAUGUCAUCGGCCUACAGAUGGGCAGCAACAGGGGGGCGUCCCAGGCGGGCAUGACGGGCUACGGACGACCUCGGCAGAUCAUCAGCUAGAGGGAGAGGGCCAGCCCCCAGCCCUGCCCUUCCCCAGCUCGUCGGCUGCAGCCAUCGCGCCUCGCCCGCCUCACCCGCCCCCGCGUAGCUGCUCAACCCCGGGCAAGCUUCGAGGCUCCGUCACUGAGCAAAGGUGACCGCGCUUGGGCAGCUCUCCCCCCACCCCUCAGCCUCAGCCCAAUUUCUUACCC